UUGGCCUCGCGUCCCUCUCUCUACCUCUCUCUCUCCACCUCGCCGUCGCCGCGAGACCCAGCACAACGCCGGGAAGCGGGAAGCCUGAGACGGCCGCACAGGCGCCAGCGAUGUCGGUGGAGACGGAGCGGAGCUCCACGGAGUCGUCCGCGGCGUCGGGGCUCGACUUCGAGGACACCGCCCUCACCCUCCGCCUCCCCGGCUCCGCCGCCCCCGAGCCCGACCGCAAGCGCGCCUCCUCCGACGCCGACGCCGCCGGGGAAUCCCCCCUCGCCGCCUCCGCCUCCGCCGCCUCCUCCGAUGCUCCCCCGGCUCCCAAGGCGCGGGUGGUGGGGUGGCCGCCGGUGAGGUCGUUCAGGAAGAACGCGCUCGCCGACGUCGCCGGGGCCGGCGGCAAGGCGGCCAAGUUCGUCAAGGUGGCCGUCGACGGCGCGCCGUACCUGCGCAAGGUGGACCUGGAGGCGUACGCCGGCUACGACCAGCUCCUCCGCGCGCUCCAGGACAAGUUCUUCUCCCACUUCACCAUCCGGAAGUUCGCCGACGACGAGAGGAAGCUGGUGGACGCCAUGAACGGGACGGAGUACGUGCCCACGUACGAGGACAAGGACGGCGACUGGAUGCUCGUCGGCGACGUCCCCUGGAAGAUGUUUGUGGAAACCUGCCAGCGCCUUCGUCUCAUGAAAAGCUCAGAGGCCGUUAACUUAGCACCAAGAUCUGCUCAAUGAGGCAUAACCAAUGCUCUUGUUAGCAUGGACGGCUUGAAAGGAAGCGGGAACUUUGCUCGGCGGAUGUUCACCAUGUGAGAUAUGAACAUGUACAGUUGUCUCCUACUGCUUUUGGUUCCUUGAUGGUACUGAGUUGAGAUAAAGGUUGUAGUUUGGUUACUUGUCUGUAGUCCCUACAUAUAGAUCAUGAAAGCACUGAAGCUUGAAAAUAUACAUCUACCGUUUGUCUCUUUGAUGAAUAAGACCAUAUACGCAGAACCCGUUGUUCUUUGCU